AUGACAAUGACGAUUACGACAUCGAUCGCUCGUCAAUCUGAAAUGUUUCAUAAUUAUGUGGCAGGUCUGGACUGGGUGUUGCAAAACAAAGUCUCCCCCUGCGUGGUGGUGCUAGCCCUCUCCACGGGCGGCUCGCAAGUCUUGGACGAGGCCGUCAAGACCCUACACGACGCGGGCUGCGUGGUGGUAGCAGCGGCCGGUAGAUCCAGCGAGCAGGCCAAGACAGAAAGGUCCUGGCCGGUCCUGGGAUGGAGCCGGGGCUUGAGAGCACCCCUUCCAGUAGCAACCUCGGCACCCGGGCCCACACCCGAAGCCGGCAUGGAUGACUUCCUCCAUGAAGCCUGCAGGAGAUCACCAGCUAGAUCGCCUUAUGUUAUGACCGUGGCAGCCUCCGACUCGGUCGACGCGGCGCCCUCUUGGUCAAACACGGGCCUCUGCGUGGAUUUGUUUGCGCCCGGCCAGGACAUCUACACCGUCAAUUUUAAGAAUGACGAUGACUAUUUGUACGCCAGCGGCACCGCCAUGGCCACCGCCUACGUCGCAGGUGCUGCAGCCAUCCAUCUUGCCGAUGGUGUGAUGGAGGCUCCGGAUACCCUACCGUCGCAGUUGGUCAACGAGUUGAUUAGAAUGAGGAUCUUGAAAGAUGCCUCCACCUGCAAUGUGAUGGAAGCUGGCGAGGGUACACCGAACCGCUUGCUCUAUAUCAUGUAAAAAACAAAAACCAAAAAACCCAUCCAGUACAAGGAGAAGUCAUCCAAACAUCAUGGGCGUCUGUUAUUGUAAAAUUCAAAUCAGAUUUUGUUUCAGGAGUUAUCGAAAAUAAACGGCAUAAAAGGUUAUGAAAGGUGCCGGUGUAAUAUGAAAUUAUGACUCCUUAAUUUGGUCUUUUUACCUCUAACUCUCUCACGUGACCCGUCACUGUCCUAAUUUUCUUCACUUAGGUAUGCGCAAUAGAACCAAUGUGUCCAUAUUGUCUAAAGUCCAAAUUAAUUCACGCAACACCGGUGCAGUGUGAGAUUUUAACCCUAUGAACUCAACCUAUCGUAUUAAUUGUGCAUGUCUCAGAGCCUGCACAGAACAGUGAGAACUCACAUGAGGUCGAUAGUCCAUAAUCCGACCAAAUCUCAUACAACACCGGCAGUCAGUGCCCACGUAAUACACCAUUUUAGCCCAAUAUCACCAAAAAAUAGUGCAUAAAAUGUUGCCAAGCAAUUAUUUUAUGUGUGAUUGGUUAAACAGUAACCGGUAAUUCGGAACCAUUUCCAAGUCUAUAAAGUUUGGUCUGGCAACCUGUGUUCGCUGUCAUAAGGCGGCCCUUUUGUUAUUGCGCAAUAUGUGAUUCAAACUAUAACCGUACGCCCAUGUUUCCAAUGUACUGAAAGCUAGACCCGUGCUGCCUUAACGACUUGGAUAGGUAUUAUAACAUAAUUGUAAUUAUUGGAAGACGAUCUCUUAUUUAUACUUAAAUUAAUAGUUCAAUGUCAAAUGCCAUAAUAAUGUCAGAAGUUAUGUUUUGAGGGCCUUUGACACAAAUCUUUUAUGAUUCCAAAGGGAUAUUGGCAAUCAAUUUUCAAGCUUUUUUUCUUUGGAAGUUGUAGGAAAAGACAAAAACGAACGCAGGUUCGUCGUGCUUUAACAUAUCGCAAGCUUGGUGGGUAGUUUGUAGGCCGAUUAAAGUUGAGAGAACAAAUUACCAUAUUUCAUAUUAAUAAAGGUUUCGAAGACAAAGAAGGUUGUGUCAGUAGAGAAAUGCAGGGAAAACCACGGU